AUGGUUAUCAUCUUCAUUUUAGAUAAUUCAUGUCCAGUUUUGGCUUUGAAAACAAAAGAGGAAAGAGAGCAGUGGGAAAAUAUUUUCUGUGAGACAAUAAUUGCACCCAUUACACAGGAUGCAAAAAAUCAAGUUGAAAACCUGAAAAAAGCUUUGGAUUCUAAUACGAAAGAAGAGCAUCAGCUAUUGAAAACAAUUUUAAGUGAGGAAGUUGACGUAAGUAGGGUCACUCCUGAGAAUCUUAUUUCAUGUCCAGCCCUCUGGAAAUAUUAUAGACCUACGUCUUUCAGAACUUUCCGUGUUCAGUUUGAGGCAUGGCGAAAUAGUUCUUCAGGUUGUGAUGUCCUUCAACUGUACUUGAAAAUGUUUGACGAACUCCAAGUACUUAAAUACUUACCAGACAUUAUUCUUCUCCAAAAUGCCCUUCUUAGACGUCUGAGAAGGCAUGUAGAUCCUGGAUAUGUGGAAAAGAUGACAAUACAGGAAUACAUUGAUUCCGUAUCAAACGAUGAUGGUAAAACUGAACAAGGUGUAAAAUCCUUUCUGCAAGCGUGGUCAGAAAUCAGACUGCAUCUACAAGAAUACAAAUUUACAAUUCGGAAAAAUCUAAAUGGACCAAUAUCUACAGUCAUCUUUCCAAAAGAAUAUUGUGAGAUGAAUUUGACGCAUAAAAAUGCUUUGGGCUUUCUUCUUCCGAUGCAUGAAGGAAUAGGAAUGAUCUCUUUCGUCAUGGUCCAUUAUAUGAUUGAACUUCAAAAUCAGUUUCUUCAGGAGUGUUGUGGGAUAUCCAAUACCAGCUUUGCAGCAUGGCCAAAAAUAAUACCGCAUACAGCUACGAGAAAAGAUGUAAUCAUAUGUGAGGAACAGAGGGAUAUAAUGCCAAUGGUUUUAGCCAACACUCACUAUGAUGUUCGGGAGCAGGAAAGACUUGUGGAAUUUGACUUUAAAUCUUUUGAACGUCAGUUACAAGCUCAAUUUCUAGGUGAUAAACCUGGAUUUGAGGAAAAGAAGAUAAAAGUUAUGCGGUUUUCCAACGAAAGAACUGAUAGGAAAAUGUUCGCAACUCUAAGGAGCAAGGUUCCACAGGUUCCUCUCAGUGAAGCACAAAUGGCAAUAGUGGAAAGUGAGUACCAUUCGAUCUCAGCUAUCUGUUCUAUUCUGGAUGGCUUGGACAUAGUCAUUCGGUUUUUGCAAGCAACUGGUGGAAGUUGUGAUGAGAAAAUUUGCCACUAUAUUGCGAAUACUCUUCGGUUCGAAAAAAUUGCCCUAGGAAAUCAGACCCAGCAAAUAUGUUGCUUAAAACACUGUCAGUGUCUUUGGCUUUUGUUGUCCAUGAAAAGAGCAGAAAAGCAAGUGAAAAUCAAACAGGAUGGUUUUGAGACUGUGAGUGCAGACUACAAGCACCCACUAUCUGAGAAAACACGGCAGGACUUUGUACAAUACCUGAAUUCAUUGGAUAAAAGGAAAACCAAGUCUCUACAGCGUCAAUGGUUUGAUUGUAUCAUGCUUCUAAUUGCUGCUGAGGACGACGAAGUGGAAGACGAACAACUGGACUAUUUAAAUAUGGAGUUGAAAGGAGCCCUGUACGGACAUAUUGAAACACCAAAGUACAGCGAUCAGUUAUUGGAAAAAGAGAAAGAUAUAAUUGGAGAAAAUAGCUACACGUUGACAGAUACAGAGGAUUUUCCUCAAGACGUUAAGGGAGAGCAUUGUAUUGAUGCAUGGACAAUUUUAUUGAACACCAAACUGUAA